UGGGCUGGGAUUGGCUGAAGCGGCACGGGUGGAGGGGGGCAGGAGGGAGGCGGGGAGACAGUUGUCGGGCUGGUGUCGGUGCUGGAUCCUGGGCGGUCUGAGGGGCGCGGAGAGUCGCGGGGAAGGAGACGGCAGCGGCAUGGCGGCCGGGUAUAAGAAGCCCGACCCUCCUCUUCCCCGUUUUCGUCGCCGCCACCGCUGGAAUCACUGGGACCCUCUAGUUUGCGUGUGUUAGUUGUGAGCCUGCCGCCCUCCUGUCAGCCCUCCGCUCCACGGCCCUCCUUCCUUCCGUCGCCGCAGUCAGCCCGACCGUCGGCCGGCCGGGUAACACUCUCCUACCCCACCCACCAGCCCGCGGGCCGGGACCAUGGAGGACGUGAAGCUGGAGUUCCCUUCCCUUCCACAGUGCAAAGAAGACGCCGAGGAAUGGACCUACCCUAUGAGACGAGAGAUGCAGGAAAUUUUACCUGGAUUGUUCUUAGGCCCAUAUUCAUCUGCUAUGAAAAGCAAGCUACCUAUACUACAGAAACAUGGAAUAACCCAUAUAAUAUGCAUACGACAAAAUAUUGAAGCAAACUUCAUUAAACCAAACUUUCAACAGUUAUUUAGAUAUUUAGUCCUGGAUAUUGCAGAUAAUCCAGUUGAAAACAUAAUACGUUUUUUCCCUAUGACUAAGGAAUUUAUUGAUGGGAGCUUACAAACAGGAGGAAAAGUUCUUGUGCAUGGAAAUGCAGGGAUCUCCAGGAGUGCAGCCUUUGUUAUUGCAUACAUUAUGGAAACAUUUGGAAUGAAGUACAGAGAUGCUUUUGCUUAUGUUCAAGAAAGAAGAUUUUGUAUUAAUCCUAACGCUGGAUUUGUCCAUCAACUUCAGGAAUAUGAAGCCAUCUACCUAGCAAAAUUAACAAUACAGGUGAUGUCACCACUCCAGAUAGAAAGGUCAUUAUCUGUUCAUUCUGGUACCACAGGCAGUUUGAAGAGAACACAUGAAGAAGAGGAUGAUUUUGGAAACAUGCAAGUGGCUACUGCACAGAAUGGCUGAUUGAAGAGCAACAUUAUAGAGAGUGAAUUUCUUUUUGGGAAGGAGAAAAUACAAGAGACAAUUAUAAUGUAAAAUGGUAAAAACCUAAGUUUUUUUUGAAUUACAUGUUGCUUCCAGACAUACUUCUCUGGAACUUGUUGAGCAACAUUUUAAGAUGUUAGAAUUCUGCAAUAGAUGGCACUGAUGGUUUUACUCCUUUUUAAAAAAAAAAAAAAAAAAAAAAAGAAAGAAAGAAAGAAACACUUUACAAGUUUUAUUAUAAACCAAGAAUUUUGGACUUGCAAAGAGGUAUUAUUGCAAUAAUGCACUUUUCAUACUUGAAAUUUAUUUGUAUGAUAUAGUUAUUACUUUAAACAAAAUGCAAGUUGGGGGGAUUGUUUAUGAAGUUUGGGUAAUUUAUAACAAAAGAAUUUGCUAAGAUUUGCUAAAAAUUCAUUUUUCUGUUCUAUAACAUUUUUAACAUAAUUUUACGCUUCAAUUUUAUGAUGGGGCUUCUUACAGAAACAUUAACAAAAUGCAGGAAUCUGCCACAUUUCUUUUUUAGUAUGACUUAAUAGCUUAUUUUAUUUUUUAUACUUCUUGUUCCCUUAUUAAUAAUCUUUAAAUCAUGACCCUAAUCAGCUAUCCUUACUUUAACAUGAUCUAAUUAUUGCUUCCUUUCCUAUUAGUUUCCUAAAUUGUUUAUUCUACAUAAAAAAAAAAAACUACAGUCUCAACGAUAAAAGGAAGAUGUUUUGCUUUAUAGUACCACGUGCUUAAAAACAAGAAUAGUGUUAGAUUUUCAAGUGACUCUCCUUUUUGCUUUUUUUUUUUUGGUGUAAAAGACAUAUGUUGUAUUUGUUCUUUUCAGAGUUGUCCAGCCCUUUUUCCCUUUGUCCAAAAUGAUUCUAAAUAGAAUCUAAUAAACCAAUGUAGCACUAUUUUUUUCUAAAAGAAGCCCAAAAAAAGAAAAGUGCCUUGCAUCAUUAAAAAAAUAAAAUAAAAUCCUCAUGACCUCUAAAUUAGUAUGUAGAACAGUGAAAAAUUCUUAACAUUUUUCUGUGAUUUCUUUUCUCUGUUUUUUUUUUUUUUUUUUUUUUGAAACAGUCUUGCUCUGUUGCCAGGCUGAGUACAUGAUCUCAGCUCACCACAUCUUCCACCCCCCAGGUUCAAGCGAUUCUCCUGCCUCAGUGUCCCUAGUAGCUGGGACUACAGGCACGCACCACCACGCCGGGUUACAGCUAAUUUUUGUAUUUUUAGUAGAGAUGAGGUUUCAUCAUGUUGGCCAAGAUGUUCUCGAUCUCUUGACCUUGUGAUCUGCCCUCCUCGGCCUCCCAAAGUGUUGGAAUUACAGGGGUGAGCCACGGUACCCGGCUUUUUCUUUUUAAACUAUAAAUUACUUUAAACUGAAAGUAUGAGGCUGGAAGAAACAAUAGUAAAUUAUUUGGAAUAUGGAAUGUUUACUCUUUUAUGUUGUCUUAAUGAUUCUGUGAAAUUGUUCUGGCUCAUACAGAAGCUUUUCUUUGGGGAAGGUGAUUUGUGGGAGAUUAGUGUACUUUUAAUUAGCAUUUUAAUCCAUUCUUUACACUCAGUCCAGGUCUGCCCCAUAAUUUGCUUUCCAAGUCACUUUAUAGAUUUUUGACUCUCCAUGUUUUAGUUUGUGUGUAUAAAAAUUGUUCUAAGAAAACAUUUUUGCUAUUUUAAGUAUGUAAGGGAAGAAAGGAGUGUUUUUAACUUUUUAUAGUUGAUUUUUGGGUAGCACAAACAAAACUCCUUUGUGUCUAACUUUUCUCAAUCCUCUUUUGAGGUGCUUUACUAAUGGGAAUGAUUUCUCUUUGUUCCCUUGGUACCAAGAGGUACUAUGCAAAGUAACCUAUUAACACCAAGUUACUUGCUUUCCUUUCCUCCCUAUGAUGUGAUAAUAUAGUAAAAGCUUUCUUAUCCAGCAUAGUGGGAAGAGUGGAGAUUAAUUAAAAUUGUUGUUAAUUAAGAGUUAAUUCCUAUUACCCAGGUGAUGUUCCUCUUCUGAUUUCCCUCCCCUUCCCUUCUCCUAUCUUACCACCCUGAAAACAGCAUAUUUUUAAUCCUGUUGUCGUCCAGUGUUCUGCUUUGUGAUUAGGUCCUUUGGUGUACAAUGGUCUAGUGGAGUCACAAUUUGCAUUGGAUGUUCUAAAAUUCCAGUUGAUAAAGUUCCAGAUAACACAGCUUUCCUGUAUAUAGAUCACUAUUGGGCAGUCAGCAAAGAUCUCUUACAGUGUAAUAACAAUCUCUGAUGCUUCAUUUACAGAAACUCUGCUUAAAAGAAUCUUCAUAAUAGUUUAGAUUUUAAAAACUUGUUUCAUAAAUAUACAUAUAUCCUCUCUAGUAGUCUGGCCAAAAGAAAAGAUUUUGUUAUUGAUAAUUUGUAGCUGGUAAUUUUCCACUUUUUCUAUCCACUGUUAUUUUUAUGUUGUCACUGAAGUGCCUGCCCAGCACUGUAUAUUAUAGUCUCUCACAAACACUGGGAAAACGGACUGUCAUCAUCUUGAGUACAAUAUUAUCAUUUGAGACGGAGUCUCGCUCUGUUGCCCACGCUGGUGUACUGUGGUGCAAUCUUGGCUCACUGCAACCUCCACCUCUGAGGUUCAAGUGAUUCUCCUGCCUCAACCUCCCAAGUAGCUGGGAUUAUAGUUCAUGCCACCCUGUCCGGCUAAUUUUUGUAUUUUCAGUAGAGACGGGGUUUCACCAUGUUGGCCAGGCUGGUCUUGAACUCCUGAUUUCAAGUGAUCCGCCCAUCUCAGCCUCCCAGAGUGCACAGGCGUAAGCCCCUGUGCCAGCCAAAUACAUUAUUAAUGUAGAUAAAAUAUGAAGUUUAUUCUUUCAUAUAAGAACAUUACAAGUUUGUUUUUUCUUGGAUCUGUCUGUCUAUCUAAUGUUCAAGUAGUUCUGGUAGCUCUUCCUAUUCUUUAUUCUAUUUGAUUCCAUUUCUGUGAUUUCUUUAUUACCAGUGAUGUUUUCUGUUAGUUAACUAUGAUAGAUUUAACCAAUCAUGAUUUAUUUUCUAGGGUAUUUAAAUAAUAUAUGAGUGACCACCCAAUUCCAACAGUAAAACUGUAAUCUGGGCACAUAAUUUAUAGUGAAAUUACAUCAAAACAGGGAAAUGUAUUACUGUCCAUGUUAAAAAUAUAAAACUUGAAUAUUGAAAAUAUUUAAACUUGGAAUGGCAGUAUUCUAAUUUCAGUUUAGUUGGUUCAUGUUAAUUUCUUACCUAUUAGAUGUUUAAACAGCAGUGACCUUUGUUUACUUGUAUCUACUCUUUGGUGGAAAUGUUAAACUGUGAUAGCUUUUGCUACCAACUCAACCACUUAACUGCUUCAUCUGAGUUUAGAAGUAAAGUCAGAAAAUGUUAAGCAUGUCCGUAAUAAGAAAAUAUAAGGUUUCUAAUUAUCUUAUUAAUAUAGUAAUUCAAGUGAAUUAGGAAUAUUUAACUGCAAUCUUGAAUUAUAAAGUUGAGAUACACAUAUCAAGAUCUCAACUUGAUGUAAAGUAAAUGAGCAGUUACCUGGCGGAUUUUUUUUUUUUUAAAUAACUGGUUGAAUCCAUAAUCCCAUAACAAACAUAGCUUCACCUCAGUAUUUUCUUUCCUUCUUCAUUCACCAGUACUCCAAUAAGGGAAUGCUAGAAAAUAGCUGAUAAGUACUGAAAGACCGUUUGUGAAAAAAUUGAUUAGAAAAGUAAGUUUCUAGGGUCUCUGAAUGCUGGAUUUUUUUUUUUUUUUUUCCCAUCUGUGGCAGCUAAAACAAAAAUCACUCAAAAUAUUCAGGUUUACAUGUUAGCUCUCUCUCAUAGGGAGUUGCCAUACCUCACAGUUCAAAGUGUAUUCUCUAAAUCAGUAACAUAAUACUGACAUGUAAUUGCAAUUUACUAUGCAGCAAAAAUGAUUCAAGAAGAAAAAUAACCUACAGUGUCUAUAUACCUUUGUGUAUACAAUUGCUUAAGUUACUCUGCUUUAACAUUUGUACUUGGAUAAAAUGCUUAUGUCUGUAUAGGAAUGUCACAGUGCAAGAUGCUGCUAGCCCAGGCACAAAGUAUUAAAAUUAUUUUGUGAA